CUCCACACCUCAUCUGGUGGAGGUUUCUGUGACUGUGGAGAUGUCGAAGCUUGGCGUCAGGAUCCUUUCUGUCGGCGUCACUCUCCUUCAGUAUCUGCCAGCAUGGAUCAAUCAUCUAACGACACUCCUGGCGAUGUAACUGAGGAGAUGGUGCGAUUACGUUCUCGUCUUUUUAGUCUUCCGGAUGACAUAGCCUGUCGAGCUGGCGUUCUAUUUCGCCCUUUGCUUAACAGUAUUCGCCUCUGCCUCCUCGAUUUAGUUCAGGUCAUUUGA